UUGUCGGCAGGCGGCAGCUUACGGACCACGGUGUGUCCCAGGGCUCAGAGGUGCCUGCGGCUGCACCCGCGGCUCUCUGUCGGGCUGUGCGGGCCAGAGCAAACAUGAAUGUUGGAGUUGCUCACAGUGAGGUGAAUCCAAACACGCGCGUAAUGAACAGCCGGGGCAUGUGGCUGACAUACACACUGGGAGUUGGCUUGCUGCAUAUAGUCUUACUCAGCAUUCCGUUCUUCAGUGUUCCUGUUGCUUGGACCUUAACAAAUAUUAUACAUAAUCUGGGGAUGUAUGUAUUUUUGCAUGCAGUGAAGGGAACACCUUUUGAAACUCCUGACCAAGGUAAAGCAAGGCUCCUAACUCAUUGGGAACAACUGGACUAUGGAGUACAGUUUACAUCUUCACGAAAGUUUUUCACAAUUUCUCCAAUUAUUCUAUAUUUUCUGGCAAGUUUCUAUACAAAGUAUGAUCCAACUCACUUCAUCCUAAACACAACUUCUCUCCUGAGUGUGCUUAUUCCCAAAAUGCCACAACUACAUGGUGUUCGGAUCUUUGGAAUUAAUAAGUAUUGAAUGUUUUGAAAUUGAAUCAUGAGCUUUACAGCUACCAAGCUUCCUGUAAGGAAAGAGUGGUUAUUAAACUGCACAGUUUCUGUGACAGUAUGAGACAAGUUACUGCAUUAAGAGGGCCAGUCCCAUUCCAGGUUCUUUGUGUGCUGCUUUGAAGUGCAGAAUUCUCACAGAUGCUUCUGUUUAAUGCAUCUGAUAUAUUUCUGAAGGGGCUUUUAAAAUAGGCUGGGCAGGCCCAGCCUAUAAAUUGAUGGCAGUGCAGAAAGGGCAUGGUAGAUAAAUCCAAGGAAAUAAGAGAGUUGUAAAAAAAGAAACUAGAACCAGCUUAACUUAGAAUGAAUGGGCAUUAUGUUAAGAAAAGAAACUUUCCAGUCAGUCAGUUUAAGCAGACUUAUGUAAAUUGGGAUCAUCUCUUUGUAGGUUUAUUAUAGGUUUUAUUACCAUAUAUAUUCCUCUUAUAGAAAAGGACAUAUACCCUCAUUUCACAUAAGCCAGUUUCUACCUUAUGAUGGUAUGUUUUUGGUUUUACUGGCUCAGUGCUAAGAUAAUUAAGUCAUUUUUACAUUUAUUUCAUUACAGAGUUGACGAAGGUCCACCUUCAUGACUGGUGAGAGAGAUAGCCAGGGAUCCUACAAGCAGCCUGUGAGUCAGUGUUCUAAUUUGGGAACAAAGUGGGUUUUGCCAUUUUGCAGAAACAAGGCUGCCAAUCCAAUUAAGAAAAUAAAUUAUUGCAAGCAAUGAAUUUAAAGAUAUUUAUUUAAAGGUAUUUACUUAUUUGGUUGAGCAGUUUCAUUGGUAAAGGAAAUAUAAAGUGGAUUAAAAGAAAAAGUAGACAACUGCAUCCAAUCUGUGAUCUGGCAGUAACUGUUUCUCUAGCAAUAGUAACAGUCAGUAAUGGAGUCUUUGCUAAGUACCCUUCUUAACCCUCAAAGUUUGCCCAUUAAUACUAGCAUUUUGCCUUUAACUACGUGGUUCUUAGUACAGACAACCUAAAAUGAUAACUAUUUCCAGAGCAACCAUAUUGAAAACUAGAGUUAGGAAAAUUUCCUGUAGUUGCUGAUAUUAACUAUGAGAAAAAUUAUAUACUACAUGAAAAGUAUCAAAUAGUGAAGUUUUGAUAUGAGGUGAAAUUAAAAGAGUAACAUUUAUAAGCAAAAUUGAGUGAAAAGGGUUAUAGACCAACUUAAAAAUCAGUUUGAGUCAAUAAACUGACUUUUGGGGAUAACAAUCAUUGUUUUGUAUUUCAAAGACACUGAGUUUCAAAACAUAAUUGUAUGAUACUGCCUUUGUAUGUUUGUCCUUUUGCCGUGUAUUUUUAAAUAACUGGUAAUCUACUAUAAUAAAAGUUUUUUCUUGGU